AUGUCCAAACUUCCUGGUUACUUGCCGCUACCAACCCAUGCAUCAACAGACAUUCCAGAAAGAUACACAGAUCACCCAUUCAGAGCAAUUCCAUCGUUCGGGCCGUCUGACGCUGUGGUUUUUCUCGAAGAGCUUGAUGGAAGCAGUCCACCGGAAACUCCUUUAAAUGGGUAUUUCUUGUAUAAGGAAGAGCGAAGAAGCACAAAAACGGCCGUACGUUUGAUGCUGGCAUCAAUCCUAUUACUUGUAUUUGGUCUUCUUCUUUGGAAACUUGUUCAUUGUCAAAGUAGUGACAUGAGCGUUGAUUAUGAAAAAUAA